UGACCCAUUGUUGUCUUCAUGUGUUAUUAUCUUCUAAUCACUGUUAGCUAAUAAAAGGUUUUUGUAAAAAAUUCCUAUAUUGCCCUGUUUGUUAUCAGCAUAGUUGUCAUGGUCACAAAUCCCUGCUAUACCAUGAUCUCUACAACAUCUGCACUGAUUAACUACUGUUUUAAUGAAUGUUCCUCUUUGACUGCAAUUGAUAAGGUUCAAGACAAAGCUAAGUGCAAUGUUACUGCUGCGUCUAGUACCUCACAGCUGCAGCCUCAGGAUGUGUAAUUUCUUCCGAUUUCAGACAAGUUGUCAUGAGACGAGAAAAAGGAAAGAAACAGAGUUAGAAAUGUUGACAGGGACAAUAGAAGGAUGGGAAGAAGAGGACAUUAGUAAAGAAGGAGAUCUUAUUUUGAUGUCACAGUUCCUUAUACAUGGAGAAAAUGGGGAGGUCCGAGAAAGAUCAUUUCUUCUGUUUCCAAACUGUCUGAUUAUACUUUCAGUAAAUGCAAAUGCCUGUGGAUAUAGAUUUGAGAAAAAGUAUGACCUUUCAGACUUGACAAUACGUUCACUGGAAGAUUCAGAGGGCAUUUUGAAUGCAUUUGAAAUAAAAGUUAAUGGAGAUGUCAUGAAACUGUCUACGAACCACGCCCACGAGAAGACAGCAUGGCUUGACACUGUUCAGUUCCCUGGUCAAAGUCCCAAGGUUCGCCAAUCCUCGGAAAAGGGUAGUGUGACAUCACCAUCACCCUGGGUGGAAAGACAUCCUGCGUCACUAUCAGAACGGACAUAUUCAAAAUCAAGUCCUCCUCGAAGUGAAUCUAUUGGUUCACCGCCAAACUCAGCUACACCCAAGGGGUCUCUUAGUACUUCUGGAGUGCAUUCACAGUCUUCCAGUGAUGGAUCAAAGUUUCGUUCUGGGUCAACAUCACAUUCAGUAGCCACAGACCUGACGACGUUCAGCUCUGCCCCUCACAGUCCAAACAGAAAAGGACACUGGGAUUUCACAAGGCUUAGACCCACCCCUCCUCUGAGGCCAGCAUAUGCACUGAUUGCUAAGGAGGACACAUCCACAGCGCAUCGCUCCAUGAGAGGCUUACUUCACCCGUCAAGGAAAAAGCAAGUUUCCAUCUCAAGGCCAAGUUUCAGAGGUCGAUCAAAGAGUGAACUUGAAGAUGACAAGCACAGUGGUAGUUCAGGAAGUAGUCGUGUAUUAGAGGAAGAUAUGCUUAUUCUUCGGGUCGUUGAAGCUUACUGUACAAGUGCGAGAGCAAGACAUACGCUAAACAACAAACAAAGGACAGAGGCAAUUUCAGGUAGUCCAAUCCUUCCAGAACUACCUGCCCAUCGAACAUCCUCAGCAUCCAGUUUAAAAGGUGACCUGCUGAAAUCAAAGAAAUCAAAGAAAAAGUUAACUAGGGAUGUUGUUGGUGAAUUUAACUGUCUUAGAAGAAGAGUGGAAGAACUACAACUUGAAACUGAAUCCCUACGGCAGAGUUUGCAAGAAGAGCAGAAUGCAAGAAAAAAGAUGGAAAAGUUCAUUCGCUGUUCGCUGAAGGGAGUGAUCCCAGAUCUUAAAUGGGAGGACGUGGAGAAAAGCUAGCAAAGAUGAUAGCUGAGAAUUUUUUAACUUUGUUAACUGUUGAAAGAAAUUUUAAUAAUCUGCAAUCAAAAUGUACUCAAAAUUACACGUUAAACUAAAAUUGCAUAAUUGUUAUUUUUCUUUUCAUAAUAUAUCUUCCAGUUGAUAAGUAGAAAUUUUAAAGUUAUUCCUUAUAAACAUCAUGAAUCAAACCUUUUUAAUGAGUGAAAUAUUCGUAACUUUUAAAACUUUUUUUAAGAAAUCCUUUCCUUCUCCAAUUGUAGGAGAUUUUUAACUUGAUUACGUAAUUACUUAACUUAUCAGUGCAUAACAGACUUGCAUAAGACAGUUUACUGUUACCAAUUUAAUUACACUUGACAGAAGCUUAUGUUGAUUAAUAUUAACAGGACAUAUUUAUUGAAAGUGCUCUUUAAAUCUUAUCGUUUUAUUUUUAACUGAUGUAAGAAAUUUUGUUAUCAAGUAAAUUGCUACGUUGUUUUUGUGGCAAUUAAUAUAGUUAUGUGUAUCUUUUCAGACAAGAUAAUAUAUUAUGGCAGUCAAACUUUGUUCGCAUUUACUUUACUAAAUAUUAGGAAGGAGAGGAUUUAAGAUAUAUUAAUUUAAUAUUAAUGACUUUUUGCUCAUUUAAUGUGUGUGGUCAGAUUUGUGUAAUUUUGCCACGAUGAAGCUUACACAAUAUAGUUUUAACUGGAAAUCUGUUGCCCAAAUGGGAAAAAAGCAUUUACGGAACAAACCUAUUCAUGAAUGGUCGCCAAUGAAAAAUUAUUUGGAAUUAUCAACUCAAAAACGAGGCUAGUAAGACUAAUUUUGAUACUUACAAAAGAGUUAUUUUAGAAUUGGCAGUCAUUUAUGAGUAGGGUCCAUUAGCUAGCCAUUAAGGAUUUUGAAUUUUUUUACGUGUGGCGGCCA